AUGGCAGCGAGGGAUCGAUUUGGUGUCUUCGCUGAACCCGCGCAAUCAACCCUACAAAGAUACAUCUACAAUGCAUGCGACCCCCAGAAUUACGAACCCAACCUUGCUUUGAAUCUCGAAAUAGCUGAUCUCAUAAACUCUAAGAAGGGCAACGCGCCUCGGGAAGCUGCUAUCAACAUAGUACAUCUCAUUAAUUCGCGGAAUCCCAAUGUGGCGCUACUCGCCCUAGCGCUUCUUGAUAUAUGUGUGAAAAACUGCGGAUAUCCCUUCCAUCUCCAAAUCAGUACGAAAGAAUUCCUUAAUGAGCUGGUACGGAGAUUUCCCGAACGCCCUCCGAUCCGACCAUCCAGAGUACAGCAUCGAAUUCUAGAGUCGAUCGAGGAAUGGCGGCAGACAAUAUGCCAGACGUCACGAUACAAGGAGGACUUGGGAUUUAUCAGGGAUAUGCAUCGCCUGCUUCUUUACAAGGGUUAUAUGUUCCCGGAAAUUCGUCGGGAGGAUGCAGCAGUUUUAAAUCCCAGCGAUAAUCUCCAAUCUGCUGAGGAGAUGGAAGAAGAAGAGCGGGCUGCCCAAUCCGCUAAACUCCAGGAACUCAUUCGAAGAGGGGGUCCUGAAGACCUACAGGAGGCGAACAGGUUGAUGAAAGUAAUGGCGGGGUACGACUUACGGCAUAAAACGGACUAUAGAGCAAAGGCUGCUGAAGAGGUCGCCAAAGUCCAACAAAAAGCAAAAAUUUUAGAGGAAAUGCUUCAAAGCUACAAGCCCGGUGAUAAAGUAAAGGAAGGGGACGUUUUUGAGGAACUCGCCAAUGCCCUCCAAAGCGCACAUCCGAAAAUCCAAAAGAUGUGCGAGGAGGAGUCGGAUGACUCAGAAGCUGUUGCCAAACUCUUAGAAAUCAAUGAUAGUAUACACCGAACUAUCCAGCGUUAUAAGUUAGUGAAGUCGGGCGACCUAGAAGGAGCAGCCAAAAUUCCGAAAGGAACACUGGGGACGAGCACAGGCGUGAAGAAGAAUUCCGAUAAUGAAUUAUCCUUAAUCGAUUUCGGUGAUGAUACUGCACCUGGCUCCAAUGGCAGCACGGCUGUCAGUACAUCGCAAAGCCAGGUACUGUCAUCGGAAGGAGAUCUCCUUGGCCUUUCAUUCCAAGAAAAUUCACAGCCGCAAGGCGGUGGCAUAUCUCUCGGAGGUGGCUUUAGUUCAAGUCCAUCGACUUUAUUGGGAUUAUCGUCUACAUCAUCACUGUCCAGAAACCUGUUUGAUGACCCCGCCCUUUCCACAUCUGCUGUCUCAGUGUUGGAAACCCAACCCCCGACAGCUAUGCCAGCCUCAAUACAACAGCAACAACAAAAGGCAGCAACGCCUCCACUGGGGGACCCAUUCCCAUCUCUGGUUUCGGCACGUUCCCAGACUUCGUCACCCUUCAACCACCUUCAAAGCUCUUUGGGAUCCAGCUCCUCACCAUCAUUUCUUGACCUAGGCCAGGGAAUGUCUCAGACAGCUACACAGCCGGCAGCAGCACCCACAACUACUACAGGGGAUGAUGAAUGGACCUUCGCCUCGGCCCUUCCGGAGAAUAAUCUGCCUAGUACCGGCAAGGUACAAGUCCUGAAAUCAUCGAUAGGCGUUGACUUUACUUCCGCUAGGAACGCAGGGGAUCAAAAGAUACAUGUGUUAGUCUCAUUUUCGAAUAAUACCAGCCAACCAAUAUCCGACCUCCACUUCCAAGUUGCAAUUGAGAAGGCAUAUAGCUUGCAACUGACGCCGCAGUCUGGACGUCACAUAGCCCCACUGCAGCAGAACGGAGUUCGUCUUGAAAUGCAAUUGAACGGGAUCCCAUUCGGGGCCGGGGACUCAGUUAAAUUACGGUAUAAGCUUUCGUAUAAACUUGGAACGGAGGAAAAAGAAGAACAGGGGCGUGUACCUCCCUUAGGCAUAGCAUGA